GCGACUCGAAAGGAUUAUGGGGUAGGAAAUUACUCGAGGGAGGAAAGAUGGCGGCGGCCGGUGCGGUAGCGGGCACUGGGGUAAAUGCUGCUAAAGCUAAUAGCUCCGAAGUGCUGCUACACCCUGAACUGCUUUCAAGAGAUUUUAUUCUACUCACUCUGCAGGAGAAAAAUAUUCCAGUUGACAGUGGAAGCAGUUCAGACAAGGACAGUCUUACCAACUUAUACCUUCAGCACAUCAUUCCUUUACCUCGGCGAGAGCUGCCAAACAGUCGAUGGGGAAAGAAGAUGGAAAAGAAGAGAGAGAAGCAGCCAGCAUCAAAUACACAGAGAAACAGUUGUGUUGCUGAUGGAUCAAGAAAGAGGCCUCUGAUUGUAUUUGAUGGCAGCUCCACAAGUACCACAAUAAAAAUUAAGAAAACUGAGCUUGGAGAAUCAAAUCGUUUAAAGCCUCCACCUUCAGGAAACCUAACCAACACCAUUCGUAGGUUGUCUAGCCCAUUAAGUUGUUCUUCUCCAAGUGUACAAAGCAAUUCAACAAUCCACAGGGAUGGAGAAUUGGACAAAAAUGUGGUCCCUAAUAAUCAGAACUUAUCUGGUAACUGCAAGUCUCCCCCAGCCACAGUAGGAACUGGCUGUGUGAAAUUAAAACGAGCUGCUCCCAAAGAUGGUGAAUCUGAUGUUGCCGGUGAAAUAAAAUCUCUGGAGCCCAAGAAGAGAAUUCAGCAUGUUACCUGGCCAUGAAAAUAAGAAUUUUAAAGAGAUGGAGAAUCUAAUGAAGUUACAGAAAUUUGACCAUCCCAUGUUUUUAACCAGGUUCAAUACAACCAGUCUUCGCACAAAACAGACAUAGGUAAUAGUAGAACCAUUUGGCUUCUGCAGUAGCACAAGAUGCAAUUAACUUGCACACGUGUAAAUCCAUGAAACCUUAUUGUUGAUGAAUUUUAGUAUAUUAUCAGCAGAAUGUUUUAAACUCAUUUUUCAGUAAAGUCUUUAUAAAGUAUAUAGUAUUUAUUAUCAGACUGUAUGUAAAUUGCUAUUUUUUGUACACUAAGAUGUAUAAUAAUAGUGUUCAUUCUAAUGUGUUUGUGUGUGUAUGUGUGUUUUUAUUAUCAUAAACUGGUCAUUUUCUCAAUAUUUUUCUAUGAUGAACUGCUGUACUAUUUGCAUUUUAUAGUUCUGGUCACUGCAAAACGCCUCAUUUGUCCUGGUUGAGUUUUAAUUCAGAAUGAACAUGUAAUGAAAUAUGCAUUUUUUUUUUUAAGCAUACACACCUUUUAACAUUCAGCUGCCUUCAAUUGCCUGUCCACACACUGGAUGUGCCAUUCCUUAAAGAUUUGCUGAAAGAUUAUUUUCUCUGUUCAUACGUUGUUGCUAUUUCUAGUGGUGAUUACCAUAAUCAUGCUACCGUUUUGGAUUUGUUAGAUUAUUUUACUUUUAUGCAUAUUCAUAGAUCUAGGACAUUCAGUCAUGUAACUUUAGUUUUUUAUCCCCAACUUAAUAAAUAUUAUGUUAUAAACCUAUCAUUUCUAAUAGUUACGUGUGAAAAUGCAUAGAAUAUCAUCAUUUUGAUUUAUUAAAUCAAAUUCUUGCUAUUACUAAUCGAGUAGUAGUAAUAAAAUGUGCACUGAGGAUUUUUGUUUUGGAGUUCUUUCCAAAUUAAUGAUUUACUGUGUCACUAAGGGUGUAUUUGCCUCAGACAGACAAAGAGCAGCAGUUUUUGUCUAUGUGUACUUUACACCUGUAUAGCAGAGAACUAAUCAAAUGUUGUUUUUAAAUUCUCUACAUUUUAAAGGAAUGUUUUUUGUUUUGGUGCAGAGAAGUUUUAAUACAUGAAAUAAUUACUGGCUGUAGGACACUUUUAUUGUGAUCAUGUAUAUUCACUUUUUAAAGUGUUGCAUAUUUUUUAAAGUGAUCAGUGUUCUUUUUUUGAAGAACAAAAAUUGUCACUUUUUUACAGAUUGGUUAAUUAUUUCAAUAAAAGUACAAUAUAUUUGAAAUUUCUCUCAACAAAUUUUUGAAGUGCAAGUAAUACCUAGUGCUUUCAGAGUUGCCACAUAGUAAAUCUUAAAAUCCUUUUAUAUACUGUGUAUAUAUAUAUAUAUAUAUAUAUAUAUAUAUUGGUGUGUAUCAUACUUUGUUGCACACACACACACACACACGAUAUGGCUAUAGUUGCAGAUGGGGCUGAAGUCACUUAGGCAUUUCAUUUUGAUGGGUCUGCACUGAGAGUUGUGUGAGCCUCUUAUUCAGUUUAAAAUGUUAAUUUAAAAGUUAGUUAGUUCUAGUAAUGUUGUGGGUUAGGCUUCAUUGCCUACCAGCACUGCUAGGGAGAUAUUCAGAAAAUGGAAUAAUGCUAAGUAUUUUGGUCAACCAAAACAAAUUAUAAUUUUAUAUUUCACAUUAAAAUAACAUUUCCUUUUAUUCUUUAUAAGAGGUGGCAAUUUCAAAUAAAGCCACAUCAUAUGUUUUGUUGUAACAAAUUAUCCUUUGCAAAUUAGAAACCGUAAUGUGCAACUUGAUUCACUUUAUUAACAAAUAAAGGGGUGCUAUGCUUCUGAA